GGAGGAACGUCCCACGGAGGGAGCCGGACCUCCCUGCCCUCAGCGCCUCUGGGGUCCGAGGGGGACCUGUGACCCUGAGGGGACGGGCGCCUGCAGUUUUUUGGGUGUUCUGUCAAGUUAUGUCUUAUAGUGGCAAAUUGCUGCUGCAGAAUAACGCACCUCAUCGUGACAAAGGCGAAGUUUCUUUGGAGAAGAAAAGCCUUAAGAUGGCAGGCAAAGGAAGUAACACAGCAGACUGCAUGUCAUGCAGUGUACUGAACUGGGAGCAGGUCAGCCGUCUGCAUGAGGUUCUUACAGAGGUGGUUCCAAUCCAUGGACGAGGUAACUUCCCAACACUGAAGAUAACUCUGAAGGACAUUGUUCAGACAGUUCGGAGUAGGCUGAGUGAAGCAGGCAUUGUGGUACGUGAUGCCCGACUGAAUGGCUCUGCAGCUGGUCACGUCCUGGUCAAGGAUAAUGGGCUGGGAUGCAAAGACCUGGAUCUCAUUUUUCAAGUUUCUCUUCCAAGUGAGGCAGAGUUUCAGUUAGUUCGAGAUGUGGUCUUGCGAUCCCUCUUGAAUUUCUUGCCGGAAGGAGUAAGCAAGCUAAAAAUCAGUCCUGUAACACUGAAGGAAGCCUACAUCCAAAAGCUAGUGAAAGUGUACACGGGGACUGACCGUUGGAGCUUGAUAUCACUUUCCAACAAGCAUGGCAGAAAUGUGGAGCUGAAGUUUGUAGACUGUAUACGACGGCAGUUUGAGUUCAGUGUGGACUCAUUCCAAAUCAUACUGGACUCCCUGCUCUUUUACUACGACUACUCAGAAACCCCCAUGUCAGAGCACUUCCAUCCAACUGUGAUCGGGGAGAGCAUGUAUGGAGACUUUGAAGCAGCUUUUGACCACCUCCAGAACAAACUGAUAGCUACCAAAAACCCUGAAGAGAUCCGAGGUGGUGGGCUUCUGAAGUACAGUAACCUCUUAGUACGAGACUUCAAGCCCAUGGAUAAGGAUGAGAUCAAAACCUUAGAGCGCUACAUGUGCUCCCGAUUCUUCAUAGACUUCCCAGACAUCCUGGACCAGCAGCGCAAGCUAGAGACCUACCUCCAGAACCACUUCUCCAAAGAAGAGAGGAGCAAAUAUGACUACCUCAUGAUUCUGCGCAGGGUGGUGAAUGAGAGCACAGUCUGUCUCAUGGGACAUGAGCGAAGGCAGACUCUCAACUUGAUUUCUCUGCUGGCACUCAAAGUACUGGCAGAACAAAAUGUCAUCCCUAAUGCCACUAAUGUUACCUGUUACUACCAGCCAGCACCUUAUGUUAGUGAUGUAAACUUCAGCAACUACUAUCUCGCAAGUGCUCCUGUGCUGUACAGCCAGUCCUACCCCACUUGGUUGCCUUGCAAUUGAUGGCUUCACUCGAGUGUUCCUGAAUGGAGGCUACUGAAUGCCAAGAUCCUGAGUGUGUGUAUAUAGAUAAGUAAUAACUGCCAGUUGGAUGUUUUCUAAUGGAAGCAUGACUGCAUUGAACUGUCCAUUUCUGGUGUGCAGUGGGAUUAUGCAGCCAGAUGACCUGCUAUGAACCUUUCAGUGUAUCUCUACAAAUGCCAAGAAGCCUUAUUAUCUCUUCACUGGGAGAAGAGAACCAGCAGCCAAAUGUUAAGAGGAAUUGUUAAGAAACUCUGUACUAGUUCUGGAUGUGUCUAUUCAGAUGUGAUUUAAGUGGAGUAUCCAGUAAACUGGGUUAGUUAAUGACAGUAAAAUGCCUUGUGCGGAAGCUGCACCUGGAGUAGCAGCAAAACUCUGCUUUCUAUUGCAUAACCUAGUUAUUCUUCCUCAGUUCAAGUUCUGACCAAACUUCUAUUGAACUAAUAGACUAAACUAAAAGAAUGGGUGCAUGUCAUGCUUGGGUUGCUUUUACUUUCUGGCUGUGUAGAGGUGGUAACAGUAUGGGUACUGUCUGUCUUGUAGAGGGCCUAAAUGUUGUUUCCUGUAGUACCUAUGGAUAUGUGGUCCCACCUCAAGUUCAAGAUUAAUUUCUUGGAAGUUGACGAUGGAUUCCUAAGUCUAUCUCUAAAGCAUAUGCUGGCUAAAUUUUUCUUGAGUACCAAAAUCUGGGAGGUGGCAUCUCUAAACAUGUACCAAAACACAAUCUAAAACUUGGCAAUGCAAAAAGUCCUUGAAAUUAUGAAUUGAAGCUUUAAAUAGAGUUGAAACCACAGUUUGAAUAUUUAUGAUGGAAAAGUACUCUUGAGUCCAGGAUCAAGCUAAAGCCUUUCUGACUGUAUCCUUCAAAACAGUUUUUAGCACAGUUGGAAAGUAACACAGCUCUUAUACUGAGUUUGGCCCAAUUUUCUUCUUCACAGGUCCACAGAAAAAAAAAACAAACAAAAAACCAAACCAAA